AUGUACCCAAACAUUUACGCGAAGAACUCAAUGGACAGAUUCGGUGAUGAUUUGUGUCAACUAUUAUUGUCUUAUCUCUCACUCGAAGACCGGUUUCGAUGCGAAUGUGUGUCCAAACAGUUCCAGAGGACAAUCUUCGAGAGUGUUGUGGACAUCACUCUUAACGGGCGAUUCAUUUAUAGAUUAUUCAAUGAGAAGACAAUUGACAUCAAAAUGUUGGCCACAAUUGCCAUAAAGUGUCCAAAAAUACAGACCAUUGACUGCCGAGAAAUUCAUUCAUUUAUUGCAUACAUUCCGGAAGUGUUGAACACAUUUCGAGACAAUUGCCGACAUUUGCGGGAAAUUUACUGCAAUUUAUGGGCAAAUAGUUUACAAGAAAUGAACACUUUGUGGCCACUGAUGACCCGAAUCGUCGAUAUGAACACUAAUGCCAGUGAAAGCCAAUCGCUCUCUCAUUGCCACCGAUUGUCUGAAUUGAAAGUCUUUUAUUUAGACCAAGUCUUUGACAGCACUUACGGACAACUAUUGGCUAAAAAUUUGCAUAAAUUUGAGUUAUAUUUCUAUUCAGCCGAUGAUUACCACCGAUUGUCGGCAUUUGUGGCACACAAUCAGUCGUUAAGAAGUAUUGUCGCAAUGAAUAGAUAUAAUACUGACGACACUCUACACGAAAUGUGCGGACAAUUGUCGCGAUUAACACAAUUACGUGAACUCACACUCGGAGUGAAGUUAACCACUGAUCAGCACUUAUUGGCCGACUCUUUGCGUACAAUUGCCGUGAAUUGCAAACAAUUGAAACGAUUGUCACUUAAUUGCUAUUCGGAAGUCAAUGAACCCGAUCUCAAGUCAUUGGAUUCGUUGGGAUAUUACCGGCGAUUAAAACGUUUGGGUUUAACACUCGAUGUGACCGUCAGAGAGAUAUCGUUGGAUUCGUUGAGAGACUGCAAGAGAUUAACACAUUUAGACAUGUUUUCAGUGGGAAUAGCGGCCAAAGUGUUGCAAAGUGUGGUUAAUAAUUGUCCGCGACUUCAAUACCUAUCCAUUCAUGACUUGUAUAGCAUUAUAGACACCGAGUGUUUGUCUCACAUCUCAAGACUACCGGCGCUGCAAAUGCUUUCUAGACCAAUGUACUCUGAUAUGAUAAACGGGUUGGACUCUUAUAGCCCUUACAACCAGAUUAGUACCGGUUAUAAACUGGGCAUCACUUGA